AUGUUGUCCGAUUUGGAGAAGGAUCUACGGAAGUCUCUAUUUGGGCAGCAUAUUGCUGUGGAUACAGUUCUGAAGGCUGUAUCUUGGUUUAUGAAAGAUCCAGAUCCACCCAAGCCGCUGGUCCUCUCUUUCCAUGGGCUGACAGGAGUGGGAAAAAAUUACAUCUCCAAGAUCAUUGCAAGGAAUAUUUAUAAAGUGGGAGUAAAGAGCAAUUAUGUUCACACUUUCAUAUCCGAUUAUCACUUUCCACAUAACGAGGAGGCAGAGAUGUAUGAACUUCAACUUAGGCAGUGGAUUCAUGGAUAUGUAUCAAAUUUUCCCCGCUCCAUGUUCAUAUUUGAUGAAAUGGAUAGGAUGCAUCCAUGGCUGAUUGACACCAUAAAACCUUUUCUAGACUACAAUGACAAUGUAGAUGGAGUGUCAUUCAACAAAGCAAUCUUCAUUUUUCUCAGUGAAACAGGUGGGCAUAUCAUCACAAACGUGACUCUGGAUUUCUGGAGAAAAGGCAACAAUCGGGAAGAACUACAACUCCAGAGUGAGGGAAUGGAGACUCAAAUCUUCGAAUACCUCAAUGAUGAGAACAAUGGACUUUGGCACUCCAGUCUAAUAAAUCGGCAUCUGAUUGAUCAUUACGUUCCUUUCCUACCUCUGGAGCUGAAGCAUGUGCGUCAGUGUGUCAUGGCUGAGAUGCUUCAUCUGAACAUGACCCAAGACUAUGAUGUGGCAGAUGAAGUGGCCAGAGACAUGCCCUUCUUCCCUGAAGAAGAGAAAGUAUUUGCCGUUAAAGGCUGCAGGUCUGUCAGACAGAAGUUGGUACUCUACUAUUUGUAACUGGAGUAGAAAAAAUAGCAGCACUAUUUAUUUACUACAGUGGUUGUUGAUUUGGAAUUUAAUGAAAAAAUAUCUGGUACUUCUUUAUCAGUGUCAUGAACAU